AUGUCAAAACAGGUUUCUUGCAAAUGUGAACCAAAAUGUCACAAACCUAUAGGGCUUAUAAAAACAGGUUGCUUGUUACCAAAACAACAUUCAACACUUAAACUUGCACAUCCGUUUGAUCUAUCUUUUGUUCAAGUUCCUCUUUUGAGUCCAGACGAUAUACUUGCACAUCCGCUUGAUCUAUCUUUUCGUUUUGCAGGUCUCCUGGUCUCAUACAUACACCAGACCAGGCUACGCAAAAAAGACAACACCACUCUGUUCCAAAAGUCUGGUGGACAGAAUACAUAUCAGACCUUUGACUUGGACUUAUUCCGCUGUGUUAUCACAGCAGCCAGGUCAACCUUCACGCUUCCGCCUCAGCUCAUUGGUGAAGCUUUGCAUGUGUACACCUGCCGUUGGUUACCAUACUUGAAAUCAAAAAGCCAUUCAGGUUUCUCAGUUAAAGAAAACGAAGCAGCGCUGGAAAGGCAUCGGCAUGUUGUUAACACAGUUGUGAAUAUGAUUCCUGCAGAUAAAGGAUCGGUUUCAGAGGGGUUUUUGCUGAGACUUGUUAGCAUAGCGAGUUAUGUGGGAGCAUCUCUCACAACAAAGACUGAGUUGAUUAGAAAAGCUGGUCUGCAACUCGACGAGGCAACUCCUGAUGACCUCUUGUUGCGUUCACACUCAUCCUCUCAUCACCGUCGCUAUGAUACCGACUUGGUUGCUACAGUUCUUGAGAGUUUGUUAAUGCUCUGGAGAAGACAAUCUUCUGCGCAUCUUUCUAGUAACAACAGUCAAUUGCUGCAUUCAAUCAGGAAGGUGGCAAAGCUUAUUGAUUCUUAUCUUCAGACAGUGGCACAAGAUGUCCAUAUGUCAGUUUCCAAAUUCGUUUUUCUUGCUGAGGCAGUGCCCUACAUUCCACGUGAGAGCCAUGACAGACUUUACAAAGCGAUCAACAUAUAUCUCAAGAUUUCAGUGCAGAAUUGCUACUAA